AUGCAAAGAAUUGUCGUCACCGACAAAGAUGGUGUCGAAGUUCUCAAGGCAGGAGAAAAUGCCGACCAUGAUCCUGCAGCUACAUCGAUUCUCACCACCAUCUUCUCGCAGACUGCCCAGCAGAGUGAGAAAGUAGAAGGCUUGGGCAAGACUCAAAGCGUCCUACUCAGCUACGACCGGUGCUACGUGCUUCAGAUUGGCAUGGAGAUGCUGGUCAUCAGCAUUCUUGCUGGCAAAGACGCAAAGAUUGGAACUAUCAUGGCCCUUGUGCCGUCCUUGAAGGACAUGAGCUUGCUCGGCUUGCAGAAUUGA